GGGGGUGCACUGUAUGUGGAACAGGAGCGGACCCCACUGGGGACAACGAAAGACUGCUCCUUCCUGGCUAAAACUCAAAAUUGCCUAAAGAUAAAUGUCGCCUCUUCAGACACAAGAGCCUCUCUCUGCCAGCUUCCCAGAGACAAAGUUUAAAGGUUAAGUAGACUGGGUUUAAAAGUAAAACUUAUCAUGGUAUCCAGUUGUGUAUAAAUUCCACCGAGUCUGAGCGAAGCACUUCAGUGGCUGAGUGAACGUCCCUUUGAGAUGUCACUGUCACGGCCACAUUCCUAUUGCCGAUGCGGUCUCCUCAGCCUCCUUGGGCUGGGCCGGUGUGUAAACCUCUGGAGCAGAAGCGGAUGUGCAUUUCACUCUGCCCACAGGCAGGGGCCUGUAGGCUCCAUGCCCAGUGCAGAGCCCAACAGCCCAACACAGGGCCUGAACUCACAACCCUGAGAUCAAGACCUGAGCUGAGAUCAAGAGUUGGACGCUCAACAGACUGAGCCACCAGGUGCCGCCAGAGGGACAUCUUUUAGGCCUUGAAAUGCCUAAGGACCCCCUGAAGGCCAUUCUGUUAGAGUUGGAAUGUCACUUUACGUGGAAUUUACUUAAGGAAGACAUUCUGUUUGAUGUGGAAAAUACAAUCGGGCAGCAGCUUGAGUUUCUCACCACAGAAUCCAGACUCACUCUUUACAACCUAUUGGCCUAUGUGAAACACCUAAAAGGGCAAAAUGAAGAUGCCCUGGCGUGCUUGGAACAAGCAGAAGACAUAACCUGGAGAGAACACCCGGACAAAGAAGAAAUACGGCGUCUGGUCACUUGGGGAAACUAUGCCUGGGUGUACUAUCACAUGGACCAGCUUAAGGAGGCACAGAGGCAUUUAGACAAGAUAGGGGCCGUCUGCAAGAAACGGUCCAGUCCUUCUGACUACAAGUUGGAGAGUCCUGAGAUUGAAUGUGAAAAAGGGUGGGCAUUCUUGAAAUUUGGAGGAAAGUAUUACCAGAAGGCUAAAGCGGCUUUUGAGAAGGCUCUGGAAGCGGAACCUGACAAUCCAGAAUUCAGCAUUGGCUACGCCAUCACGGUGUAUCGGCUGGAUGACGGUAACAGAGGAGGGCCUGCAAGGAGCUUGUCUCUGGGCCCGCUGAGGAAGGCUGUCACCCUGAACCCAGAUAACGCCUACAUGAAGGUUUUACUGGCGCUGAAGCUUCAAGAUGUACAUGCAGAAGCUGAAGGGGAAAGGCACAUUGAAGAAAUCCUGGACCAGAUAGCUUCCCAACCUUACGUCCUUCGUUAUGCAGCCAAAUUCUACAGGAGAAAAAAGUCCUGGGACGAAGCUCUUGGACUUUUGAAAAAGGGCUUGAAGGCGACGCCCACGUCCUCGUUCCUGCAUCACCAGAUGGGACUCUGCUAUAGGGCACAAAUGAUCCAGAUCAAGAAGGACACGUGCAACAGGCCUAAAGGGGAGGAUAAACUGAGAGUCGACAGGCUUAUUGCGAUGGCUCUCUCUCAUUUCAAAGCAGCUGUGGAACGAGACUCCACGUUUGCGUUUGCCUACACGGACCUGGCCAACAUGUACGCCGCGGGAGGCCAGUAUAGCAAGGCCGAAGACGUUUUCCAGAAAGCCCUUCACCUGGAGAACAUAACUGAUGAUCACAGACAUCAGAUCCACUAUUACUAUGGCCGCUUUCAGGAAUUUCACUGUAAAUCAGAAAGUACUGCCAUCCACCAUUAUGUAGAGGCCUUGAAGCUUAGAGACCGGUCACUCCUCCGGACCAAACUAACAAGUGCUCUGAAGAAAUUGGCUGUCAAGAGACUUAGUCACGACGCUUCAGAUGUGCAGAGUUUAUGUGCCCUGGGGUUUGUUUACAAGCUGGAGGGAGAAAAGAGGCAAGCUGCUGAGUUCUAUGCUCGGGCCCAGGGGAUAGACCCAGAAAAUGCAGAGUCCCUUGCUGCUCUCUGUGAGCUCAGACUUUGUAUUUAAAUACACACCCUAGGAAAUUACUUUGAAGAUUUUCUCCUCAUUGUGGGUUCAAGUAUUCUUGUUCAUUGUUUUAAUCUAUUGUAAAUUGUGGAGCCGAGAUUUUUAUUGAAUGUUUACUGUGUAGCAGGCAUCAUGCUAAAUAUGAAUCUUUCACUGUUUUUUUCCUAAUGAAAAUAGUGUAAUCCAUUUGGCAACAAAAACAUUCCAGAUGUUGUUACCUUUCAAAAAUGGGAGGGCCAUUAUGACUUUACACCUCGAUCUCUGCUAUUCAUAAUAAUUUUCUGAUAAAUUUUUUGUCAAAUUUCACAUAUUGCUCACUUAUGCAACAAGCAUAAUCUUGCCGUAAGCCUUUGACCCCUAGGUCAAGAACAGACUUUCGGCAAAAUGGAAAAUUCUAUUAGUUAAGCUCUUAACUGUGUAGCUUGCCAAAGAUGGAUCCUACCCAGUUCCGACUCUGAGGAAGGUAUUGAACCAUGAGCCCGCUAGUCACUUAAAGAAUCCUUUUUGUUGAAAGAAAAAGUUCUUAACAGUAAAAACUCUGCUGUCUGUGAUGACCUCAAUGAAAGGAGAAAAAAACUAGAACAGGGGAAAAAAGAUUUCUUUAAAUACAGAAUUCCAAAAUGUUCAUUACGCAAUUAGAAAUAGUUGUGAGGAAAAAAGUGAACAAUGGAAAAUCCUUAGUCUCGAGUUUCUCCGGUCUUUCAACUGGAAAGUAAACCUUAUCUAAAUGGAAUUAACUUCAUUCCAACUAAAAUUGCAGAAGUUUCAGGUUAAAAUCAUUGCGCAGAUUGAGGGAUUGUGGGAGAAAUGAUAAUUAAAUGGAUGCACUAGAUAUCCCCAUUCUACAUCCACAGAUUGCCAAGUUUUGGUGAUUAAGUUUUGGGUCUGGGCUGGGUGGUUCUUGUUCCCCCAGUUUCCAGCCUGUGGUUAACUGUUCAAGCAUUCCAAAGUUACUUUUGUGUGGCUCUUUCUUUUGCCUGAAGUUUUCAGAUUGACAUGUUUUCCUGUAGAUCGUGCAGGAGUAGUUAAGCCCUGCUUUCCGUUUGAAUAUCCACCUCGAAGGGUCUACUACUCAAGGACUCUGACCCCAGGGAUGCUUUUUACAAUGGGAUGCUACUGAAAGUGGCUUCUUUUAUGUUGUUUCUUUGAUUAUCAUACACAAUUGUAUCUACCACCAGUGUUAGUGGAAAGGCGUGCGUGCGAUUUGAUUCUCCAUACUGCCACUGCCUUAAGACUGCCGUGAAUUUGUGUGUUAUUUCUACUUGUUACUAUUUUUAUUUUUUUAAUUAAAUUUUCUGUUAUGGUUUUGAUGGGUUUGAUUAUUAUAAAAGUGGUGAAUUCUCACUGUAAAAUUUCAAAUAAACAGAAGCAUAUGAAUUUACAAGUAAGAGCACUUCCCUCACUCUAACCCAGUUCCACACCCCCAUGGUAACCUGUUAACAAUUUAAUAUGUAUCCUUCCAGAUAUUUUUCUAUGCAUAUUCAGACACGCAUCCAUACUGCAGUGUAUUUCGCGAAUUAAAUUUUUUUAAAUGUCUGUUUUA